AUGGAACAGUUGGUGUUGACGUCGGUGAGAAGACAGGAAGCAAAGCUUGUGGUUCCGGCUAAGCUGAUCCCUCGUGUUCACUUGCAACUUUCAGACAUCGACGACCAAGAAGGUCUUCGUGUUCAGAUUCCCUUCAUAAAUUUCUAUAGCGCCGGCUCCCACUUCAUGCAGAGUGAUAGAGUCGAUCCAGUUAAGGUUAUUCGUGAAGCCCUCUCCAAGGCAUUGGUAUUUUACUAUCCAUUAGCCGGUCGCCUAAGGGAAGGACCAGGGCGCAAACUUAUCGUGGAUUGCACCGGAGAACUAGGAAUCUUGUUUGUUGAGGCCGAUGCUGACGUUACGCUCAAGGAGUUAGGCGUUCCCCUUCAACCUCCGUUUCCUUACUUGGAACACCUUCUUCACGAUGUUCCGGGCUCAGACGGUAUACUUGGAUGUCCAUUGCUUUUAAUUCAAGUCACGCGUUUCAUGUGCGGCGGCUUCGUCGUGGCAUGCCGCUUCAAUCACACCAUGUGCGACGGGAUAGGACUGGCUCAAUUCCUAACGGCUGUUGGAGAACUUGCACGAGGCCGUAGAAAACCUUCUGUACAGCCCGUAUGGGAGAGAAAUCUGUUGAACGCUAGAGAUCCACCGCGUGUGACGUGCACUCAUCGCGAAUACGAUGAGUUGGACGUCGACGGAGGAGCCCCACUUGAGGAUUUAGUUCAUCGUUCUUUCUUUUUUGGGUCCGCGGAACUAGAGGCAUUGAGACAACAGCUCGGUCGACGUCGACAUCGACGCUGUAAGUCAUUCGACUUGAUGACGGCCUGCAUCUGGCGAUGCCGCACCAUCGCUCUCGGGUUGGAACCAAACGAGGAUGUGCAUGUUCUUUUUCCGGUCAAUGCACGCAAUAAGUAUAAACCGUUCCUCCCAACCGGUUACUACGGAAACUCUAUUGCGUUUCCGACUGCUAUUACCACGGCGGGUAUGCUAUGCACACAGCCGUUGGAUUACGCAUUGAAGUUGGUAAUGGAAGCUAAAGAGGAUGUGACAGAGGAGUACAUGAGGUCGAUGACUGACCUCAUGGUCCUGAGGGGACGACCUCCCUUCUUGGGGGCACGCUCCUUUUUCGUUUCAGACUUGAGGAGGAUAGGAUUUGGGGAUGUCGACUUUGGUUGGGGGAAGGCUUGCUAUGCUGGAAUAGCGAGGUCCGGCUUUGGAGUCUUACAUAGCCAAGUCAUGAGGUUGUACAGCUAUUAUGCAUCCGGUAAGAAUGAUAAAGACGAGGAUGGAUCUCUCUUCCUACUAUCUCUUCCACCAACUGCCAUGAAGGUAUUUGAGGACCAACUGCAACUCCUACUAAAUCAUGGUUAUCACAUCCUAUCAACUUUAUAA